GGAUUGCUGAUAGCUGAGUGUGGGGUACAGGGGGCAUGUCUGCGGAUGAAUGGUAAACUUGUCCGAAUUACUUCUUGAUCGCGUGAUCGUGGGCAUCAGAUACCGUCUCGAGAUCCUCUGUCGGGGCUACAUGCGAUCUGAGUGGAGGCUCGCGUAUCUUUCGGACUUCAGACGUGUCUCGAAGAUUUGGAGAUAGACGGCUGUCCGAGACUGGGGAGUCGCCACAUUGAUUCGAAUCGAGGAGUCGAGGGCCUCAAGUUUUCGGCGGGGUUUGUUCCUCUCAAAGUCGAAACGAAAGAGCAGAAUACUACCUCACGCUCAAUUGAAAAUCUGCACUAUGCCUGAUCUCAUCAACCUCCAGCUGGGCUGGCCCUCGCCCUCUCUCUUCCCAGCAGCCGACCUGCUGAACGGCGCAUCAUCCAUCCUCGAGUCCCCCAAGAAGACAGCCGCGGCUCUCAUCUACGGACCCGACGCAGGCUACGAGCCGCUGCGCGAACAGAUCGCCCUCUGGCUUUCCUCUACGUACAACAUCAAGUCCACCCCCGAACGCAUCUGUGUCUCCAGCGGCGCGUCGGCCAAUCUCGCCAACAUCCUCCAAAAGUUCACGGAGCCCGAAUACACCAGACGGAUAUGGAUGGUGGAACCAUGCUACUUCCUCGCCUGUCCCAUCAUGACGGACGCUGGCUUCGAGGGGCGUCUGCGCGGUGUCCCCGAGGACGAGGAGGGUCUGGACAUUGACUUUCUGAGGACAAGUAUCCAAGAGGUCGAGAAGUCGGAUGGCCACCCCGAUACACCGUCCGUCAAGACCAACCGCACACGCUACCCUCGUGUGUACAAGCACAUCAUCUACGCCGUGCCCACCUUUGCCAAUCCGAGCGCAAAGACAAUGUCUCUCCGACGGAGGGAGGAUCUCGUCCGCCUCGCUCGGGAGUUUGAUGCCCUCGUCGUGACGGACGACGUCUACGACGUCCUGCGCUGGCCUGAAGACACACAAGCAGACGCAGACGCAGUUCACCUGCCGGAUGUUCCCCCACGCAUCGUCGACGUGGACCGGACUCUGGACGGCGGGCCCAGGGACGACUUUGGCAACGCCGUCAGCAACGGCUCCUUUUCCAAGAUCAUCGCCCCCGGUGUGCGGACUGGCUGGAACGAGGCGAUGCCUGCCUUUGCCCAUGCCCUGUCGUCCCUUGGCUCCACAAAGUCGGGCGGCUGUCCUUCGCACAUGUCCGCGACGUUUGUAGCCGAGAUGCUGGCCUCGGGCCAGCUGCAGUCUCACAUCAAGGACACGCUAGUGCCCACGUACCGAGCGCGGUACAACACCUUGUUCAGAGUGAUCAGGGAGCAUCUCCUGCCCUUGGGAUUUCAUAUCUCGACCGGCAAGCCUUAUGCGUACGGGCACAUCAGCAACGGCGCGACCAACGGCCACGCACAAUCAGGGGUUGUCGUGGGAGGGUACUUUACUUACCUCACUGUGCCGGACGACCUGCCCAUCACGGCGGAUCAGCUUGCCGCGCGGGGUCUGGAGAAGUAUGACCUCAAAUUUGCGUCGGGUGGCAUGAUGACGGUGGAGGGCGACGAGGGGAGUAGGGAGAGGGCUGUGAAGGGGUAUGGUCGUGGCAUUCGUCUGUGCUGGGCGUGGCACACGGAGGCAGAGAUCCAGGAGGGCAUUGAGAGGUUGGCGUCGUUGGUGAAAGAGGUCAGGCCCUAGUCGGAGGAGACUGCUUCUACUGAGCACUGCUUUGAAGACGAAUGUAUACACUUUAUAGAUCGAUGCCAUGUGAACUCCAGAAUACAUG